UCAUCCGGUGCGAUAACCAAGAAGGGGGACCGGGCCGCUAAGGAGAAGCCAGCAACUGCCCUGCCUCCGUUGGGCGAGGAGGAACCGAAAAAUCCCGAGGGUCAGGACCCUGCUGUCCCUGGAAUGGAGAUAAAACAACCUGAGGGAAGACUCUGAUGGUCCACCCUUUGCCAGGUGCCAUUUCCCUGUCCCUACUAGUGGCCAGGAACAGGUGGAUUAUGAAGACCUGGACAAAAAGCAUCUUUCACAGGGAAGAGAAGAUAGGGUUGAGUUCCCUGGGCACAUAAAGGGUGCACACUUGUAACCCCAGCACUUGGGAUGCUGAGGCAGUUUUCCUCAGAAAACUUGGGCUGUAUACAAAGCAAGACUGUAUCUCCAGGAGGUGACAGGGAAGAACAACACUGGCAGUGCACGGAGAAGCGAGGAAGCAGAGAGACGGGCAGCAGGGAGCGGAGCUGUGACUGAGUAGCCUAGUCCAGGGACAGGGGUAGUUGGCACCGGACAGUGAGGGUGCAAGAGGGUGGGGGGAGACUCCUGGGAGGUAGAAGUGAGUUGGUGAAGGACUGGAGAGAGAGAGAGAGAGAGAGAGAGAGAGAGAGAGAGAGAGAGAGAGAGAGAGAGGCGGUGAGGGGCACAGCAUGACCGAGUCCCAGGUUUCUAGCCUGGGAUGCUAGCUGGGUGGAGAUGGACGGGAAGAAAGUCGGAAGGAGGACUAUGCAAGGGUGGGCCUGGAGGAGUGAGGCUCAGCAGUAAAGAGGAAUGGCAGGGUGACAUGGCAUUGGGAACUGCUAGGGCGUUGGGAUUCGCAAACCUGAGACUCCCCGAGAUGGGUCAGAAGUCUGCCUGAAGAGAUGCAAAGAAGGCUCUGGCAAGGACGGCCUAGGCAGCCUUGGCAGAUGCAGGGGAGAACUCAAGGGACCCUGGACAAUGUGGGCAAUGUGGAGGGCACAGAGGCUUUUACGGUUGCCAUCGUAUGGCCUGGCAGGGGCGGACGUGGGUGUGUAGAUUUAGAGGAAACUCCAUCUGAUGGCCCAUUUCUCAAACUGUGAGUGGGGCCAUUUAGCAUUGGUGUGGGAAUGGAGGGCAGGAGUACGUUCCUUUAGAUGCUCCCCACAGGAAAGAGAACUGUGAGAGUCUGGGCAUGGGCCCAGGAGGGUGCUUUAAGACUUCAGGUGAUUUCUAUGGAUGUUAAAGUUUGAGGGACUCUGCUCUUGAGAGGUGAGUGAUGCCAUGAAGGGUGAGGGGCACACCCAACAGAGGAGAGCCAGCCUGAGCAUGCACAGGGCUGUGCAGGGGCCACCCAACUUCCCCGGCUCUCCUACCGUUAAAUCGGUAAAUCGGACUAACUGGUUGAACAUUUCCCAUGUGCCCGAGUUCCCAUUGGCAGCUGGGGACAGGAGCAAAGCUCCUCUUACCCUGUUCCUCAAAGGGCGUUCUGUGUCAUGGAGUCUCCCGGGGAACCUGGGACCAGGCUCCCUACUGCACAGACGUAGGCGGCCAGGCGCAGCUGACAGUGCCCCCUGCUGGUGGCCUGGCGCUGCUGUGGGGUUGGUGGUGGUUGGCGGGAAUUUCCCAUUUCCAGGAACCCUCCCGGGGCAGAGGUCUCUUGGGGGUGUCAGACACCAGCUCUGCAGAGCCUCAGGGUAGCAGGCGGUGGGGCAAGACUGAAUGACCAACUUAUCAAGGCAAUGGUAUUUUCAGAACCUUUACAAGCCCGGGGCCACUGACUAGCAAAUACUAUAUAAAAGAAAGUGUUGACAGGCCAGCAGCCCUGCUGGCUAGGCGCAGCCCUCUUCUGCGAGCGCUCGCCUUCCUCCAGUGUCUUCAGCGUGGGUCUUAGCAAAGUAGCUUCCACGGGGGGCUGCUGUGAGCGUGGGGGUCCCUGCUGCGGCGCGGAGUGCGGGCUCACUCUGCUGCCGCCCCCGCAGAGGAGUACCAGUGCUCCGGGGUCCUGGAGACAGACUUCGCCGAGCUCUGCGUACGGUCAGGCUACACCGACUUCCCCAAAGUGGUCACCCGGCCUCGGCCCAACCAGAACUUUGUCCUUUCCGCCUCCAUGUCAGAAAAACCCACCCAAGACGACCAGCGGCUGUCAGCAUCCUGCAGCCAGAACAGCCUGGAGAGCAAAUACGUGUUCUUCCGGCCCACCAUUCAGGUGGAGGUAGAGCAGGAGGACAGCAAGGCGGUGAAGGAGAUCUACAUCCGAGGUUGGAAACUUGAGGAUCGGAUUCUGGGUAUUUUCUCCAAAUGUCUGCCCUCCCUCAGCCAGCUGCAAGCUAUCAACUUGUGGAAGGUGGGGCUGACGGAUAAGACCCUGACCACGUUCAUCGCCCUUUUGCCUCUCUGUUCCUCCACACUCAGGAAGGUGUCUCUGGAGGGGAACCCACUACCGGAGCAAUCCUAUUACAAGCUCAUGGGACUGGACAGCACGAUCUCUCACUUAUCUCUGAGGAACAACAGCAUCAAUGACCACGGGGCGCAGCUCCUAGGCCAGGCACUGUCCACACUGAACAACAGCAACCGGACCCUUGUUUCGCUGAACCUGGGAUUCAACCACAUCGGGGACGAGGGAGCAGGCUACAUUGCAGAUGGCCUGAGACUGAAUCGCUCUCUUCUCUGGUUGUCCCUGGCGCACAACCGUAUUCAGGACAAGGGCGCACUGAAGCUGGCUGAGGUCCUGCGCCCCUUUGAGCUGACCCACACGGAGGUGGUGGAGCGGCGGCGCCUGCUCUUGGAGAAAGGAACGCAGGAGCGGUCUUCGCGAUCGCCUUCCUCCUCCCGACACGGAGACUCCAAGACGGAACGUGAGAAGUUUCAGACGGCGGGCAUCAGCAAUGUUACUUUGGUGGACAAGCCAGAAAAGAUGCAGACAUUAAAAACACCCAAGGGUCUGGGCAAGAAAAAGGAGAAGUCAGGGGAAGUUGUAAAGAAGGAAGAGAAGUCAGGUCCCGGGCAGUCCCCUACACAAGGAACCCCUAAGAAAGAAGAUGCCACAAAGGCAGGCAAGGGGAAGGUAACCAUCCCUGAGCAGAAGAUGAGCAAGGGAAAAGGGAUAAAGACGGGAAGCAAAGAGAAGCGCAGCAUCCUCCUGGAGUCAGAGCAGCUGGUUGUUGAAGCUACAGAGAUGGUUAACCCUCUCCUGGAGCCUGUGGAGCACCGAGAUGGGAAGGUUUUCAUGCCUGGGAACAAGGUCCUUUUGCACCUCAACCUCCUCCGGAACCGAAUCACAGAGGUGGGGCUGGAAGGCUUCCUCACUGCUGUGCAAUACCAGGUUCAGGUCUCCAAGUCCAGGACUUCUUCGUCCAAGGGCCCCUUGGGGCUGCUGUGGCUGUCCCUGGCGAAAAACUGCUUUGACCCGCAGUGUCCAACAUACACCAUGAUUCAGGAACUGAUGCUGCCAAGGGACCCUGUGAAGGCCAAGGUCAGGGAGGAGGAGGCCACAGCUACCUAGGCCUCCAGGGGCAGCCCUAUGUCCUUGGGAGAUACCACGGACCAAUAACAUAGUCUGUUGCUGUGCUAUUCUUUGAAAAUCUCUCCAGAACUGUUUGGAACA